CGGCGUCACCUGACCUCGGAGUCGUCCCGGCAUGGCGUCUCGCUUGGUUGCGGGCGAGCGACUGUUGCGCGCUCUGGGCCCCGGCGGGGAGCUGAAAACCGAGCAGCUGCCCGCGAAGCUGCGGGCAGAGCUUGAGGCGGCGUUGGGGAAGAAGCAGAAGAAGGGCGACCCGCACAGUGGCCCCGAGCGCCUGGUGUCCUUCCGCCUGAUCCGGGAGCUGCACCAGUACCUCAGGGCAACGGGUUCCACACUUUACCUACAUGAACUCCUCGAAGGCAGUGAAAUCUAUCUCCCAGAGGUUGUGAAGCCACCUCGGAAUCCAGAGCUGGUUGCCCGCCUGGAGAAGAUUAAAAUACAGCUGGCCAAUGAGGAAUAUAAGCGGAUUACCCGCAAUGUCACCUGUCAGGAUUCAAGGCAUGGUGGAACUCUCAGUGACCUAGGAAAGCAAGUGAGGUCAGUGAAAGCUCUGGUCAUCACCAUCUUCAAUUUCAUUGUCACGGUGGCAGCUGCCUUCGUCUGCACUUACCUUGGAAGCCAGUAUGUCUUCACAGAAAUGGCCUCGCAAAUACUGGCUGCAUUGAUCGUCGCCUCAGUGGUGGGUCUCGCGGAGCUGUAUGUCAUGGUACGGACAAUGGAAGGUGAAUUGGGAGAGCUGUGACGUGCUUCAUAAAAUCUGGAAAAGGUUCGGGAGUCUCACGGCUUUCUGCUGCACCCACUGGGCCCUCAGCCAACCCACCAUUGUCACUACUGAGCUCUGAUUUCUCAAAGGCUGACCAGAGGCCACCUGCAGUCCUCUGUAGCUUCUAGUGGACCUGGAAGGGUAUUCCCAACCAUGGAAAAGAACUAGACCAUCAGGUCCUUACCUGAACACGGUAUCUGCUUUCUCUGGCCCAUUCUGGUCCCUGCUAGGACUGAUUUUUACCAUCAGGAAACAGAGUCCAAACAUUCCCAGAAGUUGACCCUACUUCAACUUACUCAAGUUCAGAAAUUGGUUGUGACCCACACCGCACACAUCCUUGCUGUGGACUUGAUCAGAAGCCUCCAAGAAAGACUUCCAUUUCUCCCAUUUGUGAAGGUGACUGAUCAGAGGACAUCAAACAAGAAAAGAAAAAGAUGGGUUGGUGCAGACUGUUAGAAUUCAAAGCAGGGCAGCUAUCUUUUUGGAAUCGUUGUUUCUAUCUUCAUCCUUAUCCAUCUACCUGCCUUUUUUUCCUUGUAUUUGGUUUUGCCUCUACCACCCACCAAUCUAAACUUUCAAUGUUUUUGUUACCUUUUAUUCUACCUCCAAAAGGGGGAACAAUUUAGAUGACAAAAUAGUAUGUUUUGUUUUCAGUUGCAGAUUUCCUUGUGCUUAUUUGUAUUUGCAGGGAGGGGAGAGAAUGCUUAUUGUAGAUUGCCUCAAUAAGGGAGACAUUUUUAAUACACAAGGAUUGUUUUCACAUUUAAUAACAACAUGUACCUAUACACGGUCAUAAGCAAGCAUACACCGUAAGUAUGCAUAGCAUAUGUAUGCAUACUGUUGUAUAUAAACCUAAUGCAGUUAUUUCAUGUGGGUUCUUAAACAUGUUUGAGAAGUGCGAAAACAGUAUGAAAUGUUCACACUUGUUUAAUUGUGAUUCUUCCAACAAUGGUAGAUUGGGAAAGGAAAUGUUUCUAAGGCCCUUUUCUAGAGGACAAGCAAGAUGAGAGGCAUAAAUUACCAGCCAUGAGCUCUCUUUGUUAAAUGGAGCCAGAUUUCUCAGUGACCCUGAGGUCUGUAUUGUUAAACCUCUUGUUUAAUGGUGCGAUUGAGUCUGCAUAAAGCACUUAAAAAUGAUUAGUUAUUUAUCCAAUAAAUAUUUAUUAUGUCUUUUUUUCAAAUCUCUGA